AUGUCAACCUUUGUUCAUAUGGAGGCUUCGCUCAUCGUGUUGAAAGUCGAUUUGCCCAAGUGGACUUCCAUGCCUAAGUUCCGGUCAAUGGGGUGGCAGAGCAGAAUGUCAACUUCUGGAGUUUGGACAUCAAUGUCAUCAUUAAUUUCAUACAAAGGAGGCAGGGAAGAACAUGACUCAAUCUCCAAAGUUGCUGUUCUUUCUUUCUUCCUCCCCAACUGUUCUCAGUCCUCCUCACAGAGUGAGAUAUACAGCACACACUUAGAAAUGUUAGCUUUUGUGCAGAUCAAUGCGCUGCUGUGGACUGAUCUACUAGCUGCAUAUGCAAUGUGGAUGACCAUGGCAUACUUAACUGAUGCAUGGAAGCUCAACCUCAAGCACGCCGCUGCAAUUGUCAAUUUGUUCUGGGGCAUGGUGGCCAUAAUGCCAGUGGGCUUGCAAUUUGUUGUGGAUACUUUCAUGGGUUACUAUUGGAUGGUCUUGCUCUCCAGUUUUUCCUACAUCGCUGGCUUAGGUUUUCUGUCAAUGUCAACACCACCAGACCUUGCUGCUGCAACAGCCACUUGCAGCGCAUAUGAUCCCGAGUGCAUCGGCCAAGGGCAAAAAAUCCUCUUUUUCACAGCUUUUGCUCUAAUAGCUGUGGGAUUUUCUGGUCACUUAGUCUCUGUACCACAAUUCAUGGCUGACCAGGACUCACACUCAAACCGUAGAGACAGCAGCCUCCGUCACUUGGUCAUAAGCUUUAUGGUGAUCCACGUCCCUAUAGUGGGAGCUUUUGCUAUUUAUUAUAUAAAGCCUUGGUCAAUGAGGUAUGGCAUCCCUGCCAUAUGUACCUUGGUAGCAACACUUAUUUUCUUGACUGGUUCGUGCUCAUAUCGCACUUAUAGACCAUACGGCAGCCCUCUCACUGUUCUGUUUAGGGUCUUUGUGGCCUCUGCCUCCAAAAUUUUCCAGAAACACCCCAGAGACUCCUCUCAUCUCUACGAGAGACGUGAUGAUUAUUACUUGAUACCUCACACUCGUCGCCUCAGGUGCCUAGACAAGGCUGCAAUCAUAUUAGCCACCCAACCUCUACAGCAACAAGAAAAUAAUAGUUGGAGACUUUGCCGAGUCACAGAAGUGGAAGAAACCAAAAGCGUCCUAUGCAUGAUUCCCAUAUGCAUGACACUUAUCCUAAUUGGUGUUGUAUCUUCAAUUGGAACUAGUUUCUGCAUUGAACAAGCAACCCACAUGAAUCACGAAGUUGGGCGCAUAACAGUUCCUCUUCCAAUCUUAGUAUGGUUCUAUACUCUUGCCAAACAACUAUUUGGAAAACUUAACUUCCAAAUUGCAGAACUAACAAGGUAUGGUCCCCGAAUUGGAAUUGCCGUGUCAAUGAUUUUUGGAAUUCUAUGCUCAAUCACAGCUGCAAAAGUGGAGACACGAAGGCUGGGCGUGGUUAAGAGCCACGGUCUAAUCAACAAGCCUGAGGAAACUGUUCCCAUGAGCAUGUUUUGGUUGCUUCCACAGUUUCUUCUCCUCGGAGGCCUUGAAGGGAUUGCAGAAAGUAGCAUUGAUUCGUUCUUAGUUAAGCAAGUCCCUCCAUCCAUUGAUCCGUGCAUGGUUCGGUUUUGUGUUGCUUUUUUGGGAGUGGGGAGUAUAGGCGGUGUCUUGUCUGUUUAUGUAGUGGGUGAGAUAAGUGGACAGGGAGGGAAACCCAGUUGGUUCCAAGACACCCUAAACAAGAGUCGCUUGGAUAAUUAUUACUGGACCUUGGCUGCAUUGUCCGCAGCUAAUCUUGUUCUCUAUGUUUUGGUGAGCUUUUGGUAUGCUUACAAGGAUUCCAGGUUGGAGGAUUAUGAAACUGCUGAGCUAUUUGAUGAGGAUCAUGUGCAACUCAUUUGA